CGCGCGCUCGUUGCUACAGACGCCUAGCUCUUCGCUAACAGGAACGAGGAGCAACUGCUUCCGGGAGAAGAGAGUGGACCACGUACCCACGUGAACUACCAAAGGUUACAAAACGGAAACCGGUGAGGAAGUGAUCUUUGUUUCCGAAAAGCGUGCACGUAAAUCAAGUGAGAACGCCGUUGACAAGGCAAAGCGACUGGCCCUGCAAAGAGACAUUGAUCAACAGUCCCAGCCCAGGAAGAUGGCCAAAGAAUCGACAAGCCAGGGGUCCGUUGCUGCAGAGAGGCCAGUGGGAAGGGUGAAGACGAAGGAGAAGAGUGAGCCGGGUUUUGUGAAGCGGAAGAAACGCACAAAAGGACAAGCCUCUCUGCCUGCACAUACAUAUUUUACUGUAGAUGAUUUGAGCUUAGCAGAGGUUAAAAAAGAAAAGAAGGGUAAACAAGUCGAUGUAAUUGUUAUAGAUACAGAUGAGGAGUCUGUGGAUGGAAGUGGUGAACAGAAAGAGAAGAGGAAGAGGAAGAGGAAAAGUGUCACUGAAUCUUUGAAUGGUUCUUGUGUCAAGAAUGGAAAAGACAAAGAAGUUAGCAAGAAGAAGAAGAAGAAGCAGCUGGAAACCGCACCGCUCAGUUCAGUAAAAAAAAUGGAAAAGAAACCGAGGACUGUGAAGAAAAUUAAAGCACAAAAUGGAACGCCAGAGAGAGAGCAGGAGGCAGAACACACCGGGAAGGAUGAAUUGCCAAAGAAAGCCAAGAAGCGAAAAAAUAUUCUAGUUGUAAAUGCAGAGGAAAUUGAGGAGCAGGUUAAAGAAAAGAAGAAAAAGAAAACCACUAGUGUAAAAAUCACUGAAGGAAUAUGUAUUGCAAAAAUGCGAAAAUCAGCUCAAAUGGAAGUGACUAAGAAUGGAGUAAAGUUAGGCACUCCAGAGCGAGAGACUUGUGAGGUUGAAGAGGUAAAAGUGAAAAAGAAGAAGAAAAAGGUUGUUGCUAAAGAAGAUAAAAAACUAUUAGCAACGCCUCAGAUGAAAGGUAACAACAAAAGGAGCAAAGCAGCAUCAGGCCAAAAGGUGGAGAAAGACAAUAUGCUCAACAAGAAAGACAAAUCCACAGAGAGUGAGAUUGUUAUCAUAGAUGAAGAGGAGACGGAGCUCAAGAUGAAAGUAAAGCGUAGGAAAGUUUCUGUGGCGGUCAGCAAAGUAGAGCAGAAAGAGCGGAAGAAAAGGAAAAUGGUAAACUCAAAGGGAGAAAAGGAAGUACCAUUGUUACUCGACUGUGAGGAAGUUGAGGAGCAGUGUAGUGAAACAGUAGUCCCGGGCCAGAAGAAGAAGAUCUGCGUUAAGGGGGAGACUGUGAGUUUUGGAACUGAUGCAAAACGGAGGCAGAUUAAAGACGAGGCCGAAGCCGAAGACCAACAUGAGUCGCCCCUCGUGGAUGUGGUCUUUCUGUCAGCGAAAACUGGAAACACAGAUGAGGUCAACAUCAACCAGGAAAGACGACAGGCUUUACAAAUGGACAUCGACGAGGCCUCUCGGCCUAAAGAAACAACGGGUCUUGGCCAGUGGACCACCGCCCAGUUCGACAGCUCUGCACAGCAGCAGAAGUUCCUCCGGUUGAUGGGCGGCUUCAAAAAGGGUUCCCAGAUGGCUGCGGGGAGCAGUGAAGGAGCAAAUAUGGCCCUGGGGAAGAAUGCACAGCAGCAGUUGCAGCAAGGGCUUCUGGGAGAGUUUGAACGCGCUCAAUCACGUAGAAUGGACUUCAGUAACAGGGGAUCGGGUCUUGGGUUCAGUGCACCAGUUAUUAAUAAGAAGUUCUCCAUUGAUGUCAAUGCAUGUCGAUCUGUUCGCUUUGAUGAUUGAUCCAAGUGCGUGUGUGUACACGUUUUUUAAAAUUUUUUAACUAUAGAUGUAAAUGUAUAUCAGAGACUGAACACCACCUAAUUCUGUUUGUACAUACUGUAUAUUAAACAUGUGACUGCUUUAAAGA